AUGUCAAACGCAGGACGUGAAGAGCAACGAAGAGAAGUUCCGAGAGAAGCACGAGCAGCAGGAAGCGAUAUCUCAACAGCAAAUGUUCCGGGAGAUGCCCAGGGAGGGGAUGUGCAGAUAGGUGAAGGGGGAGGAAGGUCAACGCUUGCGGAGAGAGGAUCGGGGAGCGCCGAACAUUCGGGAAGCGUGGAGAAAGGAGCAGCACCGAGUAGUCCCACCAAGGAAAAAUGGGUGUACAGCGCUGACGCCCUGAAGAGGGAUCUCGGAAACAUCCCCACAAAGGAGAAGGACAUUCCCCAGCUAGUAUCGGCCGUGAAGGACGUGUGCGAACAGCAUGGGGUCAAGGUGUCCGUGUCCACAUCUUCUAAGGAGAGGGGGGGCGGUCGAGUGGUGGCGACGACGUUGCAAUGCGUACAUGGCAUGCCGCAACGGAAAAAACCAGCAAGUACCGACAACAGCACGAAGAGCCGGAGAAGCGACAGCCAGAGGACCGGCUGCAACUGCAAGAUCAACAUUCGAUGGCCGAUUAAGACCGACGUCCACCAGCAUCCGCGGUUGACGACGAUGGAUUUGGAGCACCUGCACACCGUCGACAAAGAGGCUGCGGAUGUUCAACAAGCACAGAAGGGGCCAUUGACGACCCCAAUGAAGGAGACCGCAGCGAAGCUCACUGAUGCUGGAUUGAAACCGGCCGCGCAAGCGGUCGUCAUAGAGGCUCUGCAUGGCCGAAGAGUACACCCCAGGACCAUGAGUGGCCAGAGGGGGCGGAGGGCGACAACUGAGUGGCCAGAGGGGGCAAAGCCCAAGUGGGCCGUAACCAAAAACCACGAGGCCCUAUCUGAGGGCGAACAACAGGCCCCGCUUGUCGCCACCGGCAGGCUGCAGUGUGCCACGGACGGCGACAAGGGGGGGGGGGGAGCAGGGGGAGGGGUGCAGUGGGAUGCUGGUAACGUGACCAUUGAGUCUUCUCUAGUGCAGUUGAAGGAGACCGGGCCCACCCCGCAAGACCGCCGAUUUCUCUACGUAGACUGCCUCAAGGAGGCAACAGCAGCUGUAAGCUUGGGGGUAGAGACUGUGCCUCCCGAAGCCCUGCGGGCACUCGUGCAGCAAUUUAAGCAGGGAGUGCACCAGGCGUCGAGGAUAGGAUCGUCGGCAGGAUUGGCGGUGGCAAAUCCAGCUGUCGUCCGCCCGCCGACGAGCAGAGACACCGGCAAAAGAAAACGGGCGUCUCGCAAGGGGGGUGCUGUGGUUGGAGCGGCUAGACGUACGUACAACCAAACUUACGGUUGA